AUGGCAUUCAUGGUUGCCCUGCAUCCCAACAUGCCACACCAGACUGGAGCAGGACAUCCUGCUGAUGAAGACGAAGACAUAGAUGAACAGUCACCUGACAUUAUUGAGUCAAUCAAUGAUCAGCAAUGGCAGCAUGUCCAUCAUGAAGCUGUUGGAGUUCCUUCACAUAGGAAUGCUUUUGGUACUGACGAAGAGAUGCAAGGGCAAUUUUUUGCUGUUCUUGCCAAAGUUGUUGCAAGGCAAAUCACACCAGCACACUGCCAACUGACACCAGAUGAAUGGGAAGGUGACGAGUAUCCUAUUUUUGAGACUAUAUGUGCUGGUCGACAAGGUUCAAAAGAGCUUCAAGUCUCCCUUGCAGAACCAAUUUGGUUUCAUAGAGCAACAUUAUGGUGUCAAGCCUUACUAGUUUUGACUACGUUUUUAGCCAAUAGGGAUCAUUCCUAUACCUCAAGCUUCCCUGAUGCAACUUGCUUGACCUGUCCCACAAGCAACAGUAUCACAUGGACCAUGAAAACUUCUGCAGAGCAGCUGAUCCUGAAGGUCAACUUUGCAACUGUGAAGAUUUUUAUCCUUGACAUGGGGAUGAAGGACACUGUGCCGAAUGUGGGCAUGGACACAGAUGAAGAGGCUUGCCCAAGUUCCUCCAGUACUGCUGCAGUGAAAGAGAUCUUUAACUGUGUAACUGCAAAGCGGGGAGGCUUGAUUCUCUCAACUAAAGCUGCCAGAGAUGAGGCUUUGUCAACACUUGCUUCUACCCAUCUCGCAAAUUACAGCAAACUGUCAAAGGGCCUAGGACCGUCAGCUGGCUCGCAAAAGACUCAGAGGGAUACUACCGCUAGUUCACAACCUUCUGGGAGCCAGGCAAGACAGAGUACUACUACCACCUCUGGAGUAUCCAAUUUCCGUGUUGCAUCAGUUGGCAUGCUCAUUUGCAGAGUUGAUAGACAUGGCGCUAUUAGAGUGUUGAAAGCCCCAUCAAAAAAUGGUAUGAAUGAGAUCCAGGCCAUGAAGAAUCACAGAUGUUAUGUGGAUGAACAAGCGACAUUCUAUCAUGACUGGUCAUAUGCCCGGAGACCCAGGAAUGUGUCAUCAUUGUCACAGUCAGCAGCAGGCCAGGAAGAGAAGCCGCCUUGGAGGCUCUUGAACAAAAGUGGUCAAGUACUGACUGUCAUUGACAUUGCAUGUCUGACUGGAACAGGCUUAGCCAAGCACAAGGGCAGGGACAAAGCAAGUGUGACAGAAUCUCACCUUUGGUUUGUCACCAGGAACUGUAUUCCACAGCACAUGUACGAAUCCUGGAACACCCAGCCUGUUAUAGCUGGUUUGGAUUCUGAAGCCAAUGAUGAUGGUUCAGAAAUGGAACUUCUGUCUGAUGCAGACAGUAUCAGAGAUGACACCAACCAUAACCCUGAACUUGCUAGCUCCUUGAUGGAGAUGGAGUUGAGCGACUCUGGAGACUUUCACACUGACUACAAAGGCAAAGGAAAGCUGAAGAUCUUGAAGACACCAAUGGUCAAUGCCAAACGUACUCACACAGCACUCUCCCCUGAUGAAUCGCCAACAAAUCCAAGAGUAGCAUUGAAAAAGCUCAAGAGCGAAACAGCUGCCAUCCCACUUUUCCUGCCUUCACAGUCCUCUCCUUUGCUCACUGACAGUCGGCUGAGCAUUCUGAGUGUACCAGCUACAUAUGCAACAUGCCCUGAAUUAUCCUGUCCAGCUACAAUUGUCCCUUCAAUCCCUGGGAGUCCGAAUAUGUUAUCAGGCCAGUUGAUUAUCUUUUUUAAUGCUUUCACAUUUCAGUUUCUUGUCUACAUGUUUAAUCGCUCUUUUUCUGUUUGUCUUGCACUAUACUUCACUACAGCAGCAUGAUACUUAUGAUAUGAGUCUUUGAGCCAUAUAACUCAGGCAUUGACGACUAAUGAUUUUGAUUGUCAUUACAUCUACAUACGACAAGGACAAUAGUACCC